CUAUGAGUGUGUUUGAAUGGCAAUAGUGAAUUUAUUGGUAUUCAACCAUUUUUGGAUUGGCAUUUGCACUAGUGCGAAUGGCAAAAUAAUAAGCAUGACAACGCUAACUUGGCCAGACUUUCUUUAUCAGGCCAAGCAGCUGCUGGAAAUAUCAAACCAAUUAAAUGAUAGCUGGAUAUUGUGUGAAAUAGAUGAGCAGGAGCCCAACAGCUAUCUGAAGUAUACGCAGAAGAUUAAAGGCAAAGCCAGCGAGGAUCUCAUAAGUGUAGAGUACCACAUAGUCUAUAGCAUCUCUUAUCAGGUGCCUGUGCUCUACUUUCAAGCGCACAGAUCAGACGGCAGUCUCUUGGACUUGGAGGCGACAUGGAAAACCUUUUUACCGGAGACAUCGCGUAGUGAACUCUAUCAAAUGCUGACACAAAUGGAGCAUCCGGUUUUGUUUCGUCCUUUCAUGGCAUUUCAUCCUUGUCGCACCACUGAAGUCUUGGCACAAUUUGGCAAACCCAGUGAAAAUGUAUUAAUUACUUUUAUAAGUUUAUAUGGGCCGUAUGUGCAAUUAAAUUUAGCAAACGCUUACGGUUUGCAUUCUCAAAUAAAUAAAUAAAUAUAGAUAUUGUAGUAUGCACAUAUAUUGAAUACCCACUGUACUUAAAGGGUGCGCACUGUAACACUUUGUUGCAGUGUUUACAUAAUCCAAAUGAACCGAUCGUUGUGGCUUAGCCCGCACGCAGAAUGUGCUAGUGUCAGCAUAAUUGCAACAAACGGUCAGCAUAUGCAUACCCCUCGCGCCUCCACUUGAGAGUGCAUAACAAUGUAUAUUAUUAUAUCCAUAUAUACAUAAGUACAUAGCCGUCUCUCUGCCGCCGCCUGCGAGCAGCGCAGCUACGAGACUUAGCCUUACUUAGACUUAAGAAAUAUUGUAAAAGACAGAUACGUUUUGAUCGUUGGAGCGGCACCUCAGCUGCUCCUCCAAUUCUAAUAAAGACCUUUAACUC